AUGGCGUUAGGCAGCGCAAGUACAAAGGUACGGCGUGCUGCACUCUCAAGACUAGCCAAGGAUGUCGAUCUGAAGGCGUUAUCAAUAGCGCAACGUAUGGAACUGUUGAAGUUGAUGAUGCAAUCCAGAGAGCCCUCAAUUCAUUGUGAUGCACUGAAUGAGAUGUUGAACGAGUGGUUAACCGGUGCGACAGAUCGAGAGAGUAAUCUGUCAGAUGACGACGUGAUUGAUACAAGUGAAUAUUGUUUUGCUUCAACAAAAUUGUUGCGCUUUUUGGAACCGUUCAACGACGAAAAGGUGAGAGAACAUCCAGUUAUAAUUCAGUGUAUGAAGAUGGUAUUUUUGACGAACGUAUAA